CCCGAUGUUACGAUGCAUAGGACUGGAUCGUAUUCCGCCUCUUAGUCCGUUGAGUCCACUAGGUGGCUCAACAAGGAUCAUUCAGGCAAAGCCUGGCCACCUCUGGAUGAUUGACCAGGUAGCUACUUCCCGUCUGGGUGAGCUCGUAGCAAGUCAAUAUUCCAAGCCAGCCAACUUACCGGCAGAGAAAGACACCGAAAACAGUAGAAUAUAGUAGAAUAAAAG